UUUUUUCAAUUCAAAAUUUUUUCAUAUUUUUUGAUGAAGAAAACUGGAAAAUUUCUCAAAAUUUUUAUUUUUCAUACUUGUCGUGAACAUUUAUUUUCCAAAUAGAUGAAAUUUCAGUUCAGGAGUUGUCCUUAGAAGCGAUGGUUGUUUAAUUUUUAAUCGUGAAGAUCCCAUGUUUGCUCCCAUGUCUAAUUUUUUAUCACUAUUAUCAUCGCAUUUCCCGCCGAUUUCUGUAUUUUAUUCGGAAUCUGUUUGAUUUAUGAUCAUUGAUCAUUUUCAUUUUAAUUAAUUAUAUUUAUCGAAUUCAUCAUGAAUACAUACAUAUUCCCUUUAAGCGCUGAGGACUGCGUGGAUACUGACGAUUUAGACGUUGAUGUACUUGAUCUGCUGAAAAAAAGAGGCAGAAUAUUCUCUUGUACGCCUUUACAAAAUAUCUCCUUCAGAAGAUCAGAUCUAAGAAAGUUCAACGAUUUACUAGCUAAUGAUAUCCUUAAACACGAAUCUAAUCAAUCGAUCAAAUAUAAUGCUACGUUCAAUAGGGUGGACACGAACUCGACUCAGUCGUUCUUAAAGAUAAGUGUGGAAAAAUGCCAAAAUAAUCGUGCCCUUGGCGUUGUUUACGAAGGAUUGUUUUUUACGUGGAAGUUGAACGAUUCCGGUGACCAGAAUGAUGUGAAUUUACCAUUAUUAUACUGUAUAGGAAAUCAGAGGAUCGUAAAUUUAAUCAAUUCCGUGAUUGAAAGACAGUUCAGCUGUACCAUAUCGGCUACUAUUUUUUCCCAAUCGGAGUUCAAGUGGUUGGUGGUUUUGGCAUUACAACACAUAACGCAUACGCCCAAAGAUAUCCAAUUAGUUUAUGAAAUUCCUCGUAUAGAAUCGAAAUUCAGUUUCUUCGUGUCUUUUGAAACAUUAAAAGAUAUAUGGAAACGAAUUCGUACAGAAACCGAAGAAGAAUCUAAUAAUAUAGAAUAUGGGGAAGUAGCUUCGUUGCACGCAGCUUUUGAAGAGCAUGUCAUAAAUACUUAUGGAGUUGACUUGACCCAUUUUCAUUUAAAAAUGGUUUCCAUUCCUGGGUAUCUUACGUUAGAUGUAUCUGGAAAGGUACAAAUAUCGAAGAACGAAUUGUUCGAUUUCUUCUAUAGAUUAAUGAAUGAUGCGAUGUUAUUAAGAUAAUUACUACGUUAUCGUGUUGGUUCUUUUUUUUACGAGAGGUGAAAAUGGAAUAGAUCCAAGUUGGUAAGAAUUUUUUACAAAUUUGAUCCAUGCUGAUUCAUAAGGUUAUAUUGUUAUUAGAAGGUUAUAAUCGAAUGUAUUAAUUGUAAAUUUUAUAAAAUAUGUAUUUAUACGCUUCCAGAUGAAUAACUGUGUUAAUUGUAUUGUAAAAAGGUCUGUGAUAAGAAAUUUGUUUUAAUUUUUGUACAAAUAUUCUUAUGUAAUUGGUUAUUUUAAUGUAUUAUUUUUUAUUUUAUUACGAAUAAAUACAUAUUUGUACUUUUGAAGGUA